GUUCUGUUUGUAAAACGCAGUCACUUGGACGUGCCCCAAAAUAAACAGCGAGCCCCGAGUCCAGUGUACCAUAUUUUUUUCCCCCACUCUGCCAUCGAACUGUUUGUUCUGUGUAAGUGCCGUCUUUCGUUUUUCGUCUUUCGAAUGUCGUGUCGCGUUAUCUGCUCCGCUGAUGCUGAUUGAAAAUUAAAAACUCGGAUACACAAAGAUAUUGGAAUAAAUAUUAAACGCCUUGACAGUUGUAGUAGUACUCAAUUGCCCGCCGACGCGUGCUUGUGUGCAAUUAAUUUGAAUCCAUCGAGGGGUACCAUAAUUCUCGAGAGUUUUUCUGUGUCAGUGCCAAAGCAAUCGAUCGAUCGAUCGAUCGUCGGCCCAGAACAACAGAGCCAACCAUCAGAUCUCGACGGAGUGGGAAAAGCUCAACGGCCCAAGAUGAUACCGAUUCUGGAGAAAAUGAGCGGGUUCUACAACUCCUACGUUCUGGCCGUGCUCACCAUCGGCUACAUCCUCGGCGAGCUGGGCCACUAUCUGAUCGGGGUGACCUCCAAGCAGACGGCCAUUGAACUGGACUAUGGGGAUCAUGCCUGCCAGCAGAACACCUCCAUGUUCAAUCGCCACGAGCUGCCCACCCAGUGCUCGGCCGUGGGCAAUGAGAGCAGCUGCUAUGCCCUCGACUUCAAUGGCACCGGCUACUGCGAGUGGAACUACAAUGGCCUGGGCAUCGACUACCAGAUCCUGGCCGGGCCCACCUUCAUCCUGAUCUUCACCAUUGCGGGCGUCUUCAUGGGCUUCGCGGCCGACAAGUACAAUCGCGUCAAGAUGCUGACCGUGUGCACGGUGAUCUUUGGCAUCGCCAUGAUCCUGCAGGGCACCGUCAAGGAGUACUGGCAGCUGGUCCUGCUGCGCAUGGUGAUGGCAGCUGGCGAGUCAGGCUGCAAUCCCCUGGCCACGGGCAUCAUGUCCGACAUCUUCCCGGAGGACAAACGAGCCCUGGUCAUGGCCAUCUUCAACUGGGGCAUCUACGGCGGCUACGGCAUAGCCUUCCCCGUGGGUCGCUACAUUACCAAGCUAAACUUCUGGAAUCUGGGAUGGCGCGUCUGUUACCUGGGCGCCGGAGUGCUGACUGUGAUCAUGGCUGCGUUGACGGGAACCACCCUCCGGGAGCCGGAACGCAAGUCCAUCGGCGAGGGUGACCGGCAGACGUCCAGCGGUAAACCGGUGAGCCUGUGGCAGGUGAUCAAGAAUCCCGCGAUGAUCAUGCUGAUGAUAGCCGCCUCCAUUCGCCAUUGCGGUGGCAUGACCUUCGCCUACAACGCCGAUCUCUACUACAACACGUACUUCCCCGACGUGGACUUGGGUUGGUGGCUCUUCGGCGUCACCAUUGGCAUUGGCAGCGUGGGCGUGGUCGUCGGCGGCAUUGUGUCCGACAAGAUUGUCGCCAAGAUGGGCAUUAGGUCACGCGCCUUUGUGCUGGCCAUCAGCCAGCUGAUUGCCACAUUGCCGGCCUUCGGGUCGGUCUACUUCGAUCCGCUGUGGGCCAUGAUCACGCUGGGCCUGAGCUACUUCUUCGCCGAGAUGUGGUUCGGCAUUGUGUUCGCCAUUGUGGUGGAGAUUGUCCCGCUGCGCGUCCGCUCCUCAACUAUUGGCGUCUUCCUGUUCGUGAUGAACAACAUCGGUGGCAACCUGCCCAUCCUGGUGGAUCCCGUGGCCAAAGUGAUGGGCUACCGCGGUUCGAUCAUGAUCUUCUACGCUGGAUUCUACGGCAUCAGUUCCAUCCUGUUCUUCAUCACCUGCUUCCUGCUGGAAGGCAAGUCGAAUGAGGCCGAGGAGCCGGAGUCGCCGAAGAGCCAUCCGGAUGCCGUGCUCAAUGCCCGCCACAUGCACGGACACGACAACUCCGUGUUCUCCGUGGACGAGACCCUGCCCUCCAACGGACGUCCGGCCCAGCUGCCGCAGCACCUGCAAAUGUCCAGCAACGGCUACGACAAGUCCCAGAUUUCGCCGCCGCGACAGAACGGCGCCGAGAGCAGUAGACUAUAGUUUAGCUUAAAGUCCGGAGUCGGAGUGUUUUUUUUUUUUUAUUAAUUACUAUUAUGAAAUUUUUAUCUUAGGGUGCUACCGGCACCUGGUUUCCAUUCAGCUAACUGGCUGGAAGUGCGGGGGCUAAAAGAGACAUAUUACGGUUCUUACAAUUCCACGAUUAAGUCCAGUUAGUCGGCCGCAUUGGAAGCAAGUGCCCGGGUACCUUAAACAUAGGCCUAAGCAAGGGGGUGAGGUUCCCUCAAACACUGUAUUUUUAACGCGACAAAUGUGUACGAUGACAAGUGUACAACUCUAAUAAAGUGCUGUUUUGUUAAUAUCCAA